CCUCCUCCUCGCUGCCAGCAUGACGCUGCUGUGGGCGCUGCUCAUCACCUUUGGGCGCAUCACCACGCUGCUGCAGGUCAUCCUCUACCUGCCCCUCACGCUCGACGUCGCCGGGCAGGAUGCGUUCCUGGCGCUCUCCGCCUCGCUCGCCUCCUACUACUUUCUCCUCUCCUCGCUGCGCGUCUGCGUGCACCACACGCGCUUCCGCUGGCUCGGCACCUUCUUCGCCACCUUCCAGUGCCUCGUCGUGCCCGCCUGCCUGCUCGUCGUCUUCAACGUCUACUCGCCGCCGAGCGAGUCGUACUUUGCGCCGCGCCUGCGCUCCGCCGACGCCGAGGCGCUGGGCGCGCGCGGCCUGGCCGAGGGCCUCUUUGGCGCGCGCCUCGGCGAGCUCGUGGCGCGCUGCAUGGAGGGCGUCUACUGGCUGGCGCGCGCCGUGCCGCCGUGGUGGUUCACGCUGCUGCGCCUCAGCAGCCCCGUGUUCAGCCUGCUCGAGGGCAUCGCCACGCUGCUCGUCAUCCAGGUGCUCGGCUCCCUCUCGCGCUACAUCAUCGCCGCCUCUCUCUCGUCCCCACCACCGCCUCCCUCACGUCGUCGGCUGCUCUCCUACCUGCCCUCCUUCGGCCUCGGCGGCGCCGAGGGCUGGCAGCUGCUCUUCCUGCUGCUCUCCGCCUUCGUCUACGUGUCGGGCACCGUGGCGCUCUGGGUUGCCUUUGAGCCUGCGACGCGCAACCGGCCAGGCGCGGCGGCUGCGACGGGCGUCGCGGUCAGUAGCACGCUCUGGCUGACUGCCAUUGCAUUUGCGGUGCGCAAGGGCAAUGUCAUUGAGACAAGCUUGAUGUUCGGCUACGUCUGCUGGAAUGUCUGGCAGCUGGCUGAUGUGCUGCCCUUCUCCGAUCCCCUCUCCAUCAUUCGGUCUUUCAACCCUUCGCCGCUCGCCGCCGGGGCGCCCUUGCCGCCUCUCAUCCUCGCCUCGGCAACUGCGCUGCUCGAUCUUCUCUCCCACACGCUCGGACACUCGGCGCGCUUCCUUGCCGCAGCAGGUGCAGCACUGCCGCCUUCCGUCGUCGUCAGUCUCGUCUACCGCCUCAUGGUGCUGUACGCCGCCAGUCGGAUCCUGCCCGUGCUCAAGGCCGCAGAGGGCAAGUGGCGCGAGCAGGAAGAGGAGCGCGUGGAGGAGGAGGAGGAGCGCACGGAAGUCAUGGACGGCUUGGUCAAGGGCAAGGAGAAGGAGCGGACACCGAGAGCGCAAAAACCGAGAGAUGGCAAGAGGAGAGCGGCGGCGAAGAAGGAGGAGAGAGAGGAGCCGGUAGGCGCUUUCAUCUCCAUCAUCGUCUCCUAUUCGCGCCUGCUGCUCAUCGCAGUCUAUUCGCAUCUGCUGCUGCUGGAUCAGUCGCACAUGACGAUCCACCGCUUCCUCGCCGUCGGCACGGCACUGACGGUGUGGUCCUUUGAGCUGGUGCUGGGCGAUCAGGAGGAGGGGUUGCGCGGCGGCAGCUGGUGAAGCAUCAGCAGCGCCAUUCUGCCCUCUCUCGCCUUGAUCCCGGUUCCCGGUCUCUGCACGUCACCCUUCUCUUGUGAUCCUCAGUCCUCGCUGCAACCGCUUCUGCAAGUACACUGCACAUAUUGCUAGACACGUCG